UGACUGGGUGUUCUGACUGGGUGCUGUGGCUGGAUGUUGUGGCAGUAUGAUUGACAUCUGAUAUAUUCCAACAUCCUGACAGACGGGUGAUAGGAUGACCAGCUCCCUUGUGGUGGAGGAUGCUGGGAUGUCUCAAGAAGGGACGUUCAUCUGUCAGGCCGCCAACAUGUUCGGGCAGGCGCGGCGGGGGGUCUUCCUGCAGGUGGCAGGCUCUAGCGACUCCCUUGUCGUCAUCUCCGUUUCCAUGGCGACGCUUGUGCUGGGGAUUGUGGGGGCGAUUAUCGUCUGCGUGGCUGUGAAGAAGAAGCGGCUGUGUGGGGAUCGGAAACCAGACACAUCUACACUGUCCUCUACACGCUCCAUGCCGCCUGUCCCGAUGGUGGCGAACAGACUGGGACAUCCAGGUACCAACGACUCCGGAGUGGAGGACCUGGAACUGCAGGAGCUGGACGGGACACUAAAGCCGCGGCCGCCGCCUCGGGCUGGCAAGGAGUGGACGUCUGUUGGGCUGUCUUACACGGGGUUGGCACACUCCAACACACUGCCUGCCUACUCAACAGUGGAACGUCAUAAACCUGAUGGGGAGGACAUCCGGUCACGUGGGGGCAUACCGGAAGAAGCCACCAUGGAUGAUGCAAUCAUUGAUGACAUGUCGGAUGACCCACCUGCGCCUCCUCCAAAGGACAAGAAGAGCGGGUGGAUUCGGCGAGCGCAUUCUGGCGACAGAACUGUGCCCAGCAGUCUGCACGAAGCAGAGAACGCGCUGAAUGAGAUCCAGACCGACAGGAUUUAGACAGUAGAGCGAAGGCCGGCAAAGGCACAAUAGCACCAUCUACAUUUACGGAUUGUUGAUUGAUCAAAUGUCUGUUUGUUUUCACUACUGACAAUCAAGGACAUGACUUUUUGAUGAUAUACAGCAAUGAGGAAUAAAACGCGUCAUACGCAAAGUCGUUUAAUAUAGCUUGUGUCCGGAAAAAACAUUGUCUUAGGGAAAUUUUGAGUGUUUAUACCCAUGAAACUCAGAAAACAGAAAUGGCGCAGUGAUGUGUAAAACCAUGUGACAUGUAUAUGCCAGAAUAUGGUGGUUUAAGCAAUAAGCUCUCGGACUGUGUGUUGUCACCUGCCUGUAGUGUUAAAGCUUGCGUUCUAGACUCUGAUGUAAGUUACUGCCUUCGCUAGGAGGGUAUGUUUUCGGUAGCAUUUGUAUGUGUGUAUGUGUGCGUGUGUGUGUUUGUUGAAAACUGAAUCAUAACUGAAGAACACCUUGAUGGAUUGCCUUGAUAUUUGCUACGUGGGUAGGUCUUGAUGAGAUCUUGAAACGAUUCUAUUUUUGGCUCCCUAGUGGCUUGCUAUGUUACUGCAACAGAACUUCUGGGUUUGAUAUCUCGAGUUCCGGACAUGCUACGGGGAUUUUCGAGUGGUAGAUAGCUCUUGGGACAGGGAGUAAGUGUAUGUUUGGGCCCCCCAGCGGCAUUUGUUGAACUGCAGGAGCCGGUUAAGUUUCAGACCUUAUAGGAGAAUAACUCAAGAAGGGAUGAACGGAUCAUCAUGACUUUUAGUAUGCAGCUUUGUGACGCUUCAAAUGAAUUUAGUUCAAUAUUGAUUAUGCAUAUCAGAAUCUUAU